AGGGUCUCUCCCCCGUGUGCAUCCUUAGGUGGGCAAUGAGGUUGGAGCGCUCACUGAAGCCUUUCCCACAUUCACUGCACUUGUGAGGCUUCUCUCCUGUGUGGAUUCUCUGUUGCUGAAUGAGUUUUAUUCUUGAUCUCAAGACUGGAGGGAACAGAAAGACACGGGAGUAUGGAGAAAGAACAGAACAAUGAGGAAAGUUACAGUUAAAGCGCCAUAAGGGAGAAAUACCUAAAUGGAAUUCUUCACGGGAUUUAGCCUUCUGCUGAGUAAUAGCCUCAUUUCAUUUUCCAGUUGUUCUAUAUUCAAGCUCCAAACCCUGUGGUCAUGGGGAAAAAAACUGCUAGAUUCCACUUACUGUUCUAUACUGUCUCUUUCUUUUCUUUUUCUUUUUUAUUUUUUUAAAGAUUUUAUUUAUUUAUUUAACAGAGAGAGAAAGCAGGUGGAGCGGCAGGCAGAGGGAGAAGCAGGCUCCCCACAGAGUGGGGAGCCCUAUGCACGACUCGAUCCCAGGACGCCGGGAUCACCAAAGGCAGACGAUCAACUGACUGAGCCACCCAGGCCAGCAUAAUAUAUUCUGUCCCAGAAAUCCAUCUGCAAGAAUUCUCGUAAGGAAGGGGUUCAUUUUUUUGACUGAUUAAUGGAACCUCAGGGGACACACACAAGUCUGAUUCUGAGGAGUUUACAGCACUAGGGAUCUGAACAGCCCGAAACCAGGGUGAGCAGCAGGAGCGGAACUGGGCACAUGUUCCUUUCAGGACGUUAUGACUUUGCUCCAUUUCGAGACAGUUGAGGAAACUGCCAGAGGGACAGACUCUCCUCACCGUCAGGCUGUGUGUUGUUCUCGGGAGCUUGGGGCCUGUGUGUGCCCCGCCCUCCGCAACAUCUUGCUGACAUUUAGAGAGACUUCUGCAGAGCCAUGAGCCCGAAGGCCUGAGCUGCUUCAGAGGAGAGAGAUCCUGUCUCCUGAGCCCCAAAAUGGCGGCUAAGAUGGAGAUAACUUUGAGCUCGCAGUCCCACAUUCAGGCUUCCUCCAAGCCAGAGAGACACAUAAUAACAAAGCUGGAAGACAAACGGGGACCCGCUCUACAAAAAGACCGCCCCGAUCCUGAGCUCUCCCGUCAGAGCUUUCGACGGUUUUGUUAUCAAGAGGUGUCUGGACCCCAAGAGGCACUCUCCCGGCUCCAGCAGCUCUGCCGUCAGUGGCUGCAGCCCGAGCUGCAUACCAAGGAACAGAUUUUGGAGCUGCUAGUGCUGGAGCAGUUCCUGAACAUCCUGCCUCUGGAGAUCCAGGCUCGGGUCAGGCAUCGAUGUCCAAUGAGCAGCAAGGAGAUUGUGACCCUGGUGGAAGAUUUUCAAAGAGCAGCCAAGAGACCAAAGCAGUGGGUGGCCGUUUGUAUGCAGGGGCAGAAGGUGCUCUUGGAGAAGACUGGAUCUCAGCUUGGAGAACAGGAACUGCCAGACUUUCAACUGCAAACUCCUAGGAGGUAUCCCAGGGAGAGCUCUCUGGAGGAGCCAUCCCAGGCUGGAUCUCAAGAUCAGCUGAGCUCUCAUUGGGAAAAAUCCCCGCUCCUUCAGGAGCCAAGCCCCAAAUUGGCUGGCACAGAGGCCCCCAGAAUGAAAAGUGACAACAAGGAAAAUCCACAGCCAGAGGGGGCUAAAGGAGGAAAGCCAUGUGCAAUGUCCCCUGGCAGAUCCAAAGGGAAUGGUCUGCAGAGUCCUGAGCCGAGAGGGGCGAAUAUGAAUGAACCCCGGUUGUCACGGAGGCAGGUCAGCCCCCCGAAUGCUCAGAAGCCAUUUGCUCACUACCAGAGACAUUGCAGGGAACUGGAAUACAUCAGCAGCCCCCUGAAAAGCCACCCACUGAGAGAGCUGAAGAAAAGCAAAGGAAGCAAAAGGAGCCUGAGCAGUCGUUUGCAGCGUCUUGGUCACCAGCCAACCCGCUCAGCAAAGAAGCCUUACAAAUGUGAUGACUGUGGGAAAAGCUUCACGUGGAAUUCAGAGCUGAAAAGACACAAGCGUGUACACACAGGGGAGAGGCCCUACACAUGCGGAGAAUGUGGGAACUGCUUUGGGCGCCAGUCAACUCUGAAACUGCACCAGAGGAUCCACACCGGGGAGAAGCCGUACCAGUGCAGCCAGUGUGGGAAAAGCUUUCGCCAGAGCUCAAACCUCCACCAGCACCACAGACUCCACCAUGGGGACUGAAAGCAGGCUUUGUUCUCUCUGUUCAGAAGGAAGGCAUCUGUGUUUCUCCUUCCCCUUACUUGCAUGUAAAUCACAGACUGUCUGUGUGACUUACAAGGAAAGGAAGAAGUCCCUGAGGAAUGCUGGUGCACGUUUGGCUGCUCAGGAGUCCCAGAAGACACCAAGGGGGUUGUGACCCUGUCGGUGACAGAGUGAAGAGAUGGCAGGUCUGGGUGUUGGGUCAGAGAGAACCAGGGUCUCUGCUGGAGAGCAGGGAGUAACUGCUAAGACAAUCUGGCCAAUCCUGCAGGUUCCCCUGCCCCUUUAUUUAUUCUCUAAACAUGUCCAAGCGUAAAUUACAUAUAUACUUAAUGUACUUGCUAUCAUACCAGACAAUCUUUAUCACACACACACACACACACACACACACUUCUUUAAUAAAUUCAGUGACCCACCAGAAUUUCAAGGCAGAAGUUCAUUGGAAUAUAAAUCCCCUAAUAUUCUUACUGUAAUUCCUGGCUGUUCAUAACAAAGGACACAUGAAGUGAGAGUCUGAACAUGUUUGUAUGAGGAGAGGCUUUCCAAGUAAAUAGUGCUUUUACACACACACACACACACAGAUUGAGGGAUCUAUUUAUAUGAAAGCAUCUUUGAUUUAGGAAGAAAUCUCCACAGCUGCUGCAGCCCCCCCCCAGGCAACAGGGGAAAGCUACAACAGGAAAGAAGCACGUAGUGUGUGUAGACAGCUAAGGACAUGCCAAAGGGACCCUUACUACUCUCCUUCCUCACUUAGGCCGGCAGCCUUAAGAAUAACAAAAUGAUUGGGGUGAUGAGUGUUAUAAAAGUAGAUUAUUUCAGUACAUUUACUUAAACUCAUUGAAAUAGGUUAAUUUUAUGAUAUAUAAAUUAUAUCAAUGAAUUUUCUUAAAAAACACAAAAUAUAUUUGUAUAAAAUGUGAAAGUCCUGGAACGAGGCUGGAGAGUUGAUUGAAUUCCAUCCUUUCAUUCUCUCAAAGUAAAAAUCCAAACCCAGUCAGUAGAGUGUUCAGUCACCCAGAGCAAGCCCGUGGACCUGAGUUCAGAGAGGACCUCCAGGAGAUGGGUGCACAGCCUCCAGCAGGAAACGGGUAGGUGGCAUUCUUGCUAAGGCAUCAAUAUCCUCCAGUCACUGCCAGUCACCUCCAGGCUGUGUCCUGUGCUGCAUCCUCACCUCCCAGGGCUCUGCACUCGCUGCUCCCUUUGAUUUUACAACCUGCCACCCCCCACUGCUUCCUCCCUGUCCCGUCUCACAGGAGCAUCCUACUCAGCAAAACCCUCUCUGACCGGUUCCAGGCCAACUUUAUCGUGUCACUCCGUGCUGUACUCCACACACCAGUGGUGCUCAAUCUGGGAGCAGAUUUGCUCCUCCGCCCCCCGCCCCAGCGAGACAUUUGGCCAUGUCUGGAAAUGCUGUUGCUCGUUAUGACUUGGGGGGAGGGAGGGUAGCUCCUGGCCUCUUGUGGGUAGAGACCAGGGAUGCAGCUAAAUGUCCUCCAGUGCACAGGACAGCCCCAUAGCAGAGUCACGUGGUCCAAAGUGUCAGUAGUGCCAGAGUUGGGCAACUAUACCGUACAUGGUAAAAGCUCUUUAAGGACAAGAAUCUUAUUUUUCCAUCAUUUUAGCUUUUAGACUAAGCCCAUGCCCAGCCAAGGGAAAUAGGUGUUCAGUCAGGGCCUGGUCCUGCCUGAACCAGAGAUCCUGGUGACAGUGUGUUGAAUGCAGUUGACAAAGCCUCUUGUCUUUUGGGCAGAGAGAGACUUUAGACUAUGUCGCAGUCCGCUUCCCAGCAACCAUGUUAGAUGUUCGAGGAGCUUGUCUUUAUUACUACGCCUGCACCUUACCUCGCCCCUGUCUGGCACCUCUCACUGGUCAGGGCCUCUUGAUUCCUCAUUUGCUCCCACCUCGUGCAUCCUUUUCCAGGACAGUUUUGCUGUCACAAGACCCUCCUAAUCAUGGUUACGUCUGUCCGCUUCCUGUUGGGCUAUAACAUGAUCACAAACUAGUGGCUUCAAACAACACAAACUUAAUCUCUUAGAGUUCCAAGGUCAGAAGUCCAAAACCGGUUUCGCAGAACCAAAAUCAAGGUGUCUGAGAGGAGAAUCUGUUUCCUUGCCUUUCUCAGCUUCUAGUGGCCGCUUCUUCCAUCUUCAAAGUGCAUGCUUCCAUCCUCUUGUCACCACAUCACCUUGUCCUCUGACUCUGACCCUCUGGCCCCGUAUAAUAAAGAGCCAUCAUUAUAUUGGGCCCACCCAGAUAAUCCAAGAUAAUCCCCCAUCUCAAGAUUCUUAAUCACAUCUGCACAAUCCCUUUUGCCAUAUAAGGUAACAUUCACGGAUUCCAGGGAUGAGGAUGUGGACAUACUUGGGGGCCCAGAUUCAACCAAGCACACCUGUCUGUUGAAUCAAUUUGGUUAGUCAAAGAUCUCUCCUAAAAGCAAAUGAACAUAGAUUUCCACUUUUCUUAUUUAUAAGAGUUGGGAUAGGAACUCGUCCUUAAAUGAAAGCUUUGUUUGGUGUAUGUUGAAGAACCUGUAUGUGUUUUCUCUCUUCUGAACAAAAUAACUGCUGAAUCUUAAAGUUUUGGGGUAUCUGUUCAACUGUGGUCCUUGAAUAAAUAUGACAAAAUUACCAA